AUGAAAGAGAUUGAGAUGCGUAUCCAUCCGAAUCCAUCGCAUUCCGAUUAUGUCUCAUAUAUCAAACGAGAUGUUCUCUUCCCACAAAUCCUACCAAAUGACUCAAUCAUUGUGAACGUUGAAAUCGACGUAGCCGUGGAAACAGUCACAACAACACUUGAGGAAAUGAUGACGAGUAAUGGCGAGCAGCAGCUUACCGAAGACUACUUGAAAAUGUUGAGGGACACUGUUUUGUCGGAUUUUACAAUCAAAAUAGGCGAUCGAGAAAUCAAAGCACAUCGAGCGAUCCUGGCAGCACGAUCUCCGGUGUUUGCCGCGAUGUUAAAACAUCAGGAUACCAAUGAAGCGAAAACG